AUGAAGCUCUCCAAAGUUUUAUCUGCCUUUAUUCUCGUUUCUGGAGCUGUGGCAGUCUACCCCCCACCAGAAGGUGUUGAUACAAAUGCCGAAGGUUUGGUUACUAUCCAAAAUGUCAACCAAUUGGAAAACAAUAAAAAUCUCGAUACAAAGGACUCUGAAGCUGAUCAACAGCUUCCCAAGUCGUCUGUUCCAUCCGGUGAUUCCAAGAAAAAAGCUGCAACUAGUUUGCAUGACAGUGAGACACUAACACCAUUUUAUUCCUUUUAUUUGGCCAUUUCGAUGAUUGUCGUCAGUGAAAUCGGUGACAAAACCUUCCUUAUUGCUGCCAUUAUGGCAAUGAGGUAUCCACGGAUGGUUGUCUUCAGUGCAGCCUCUUCUGCGUUGGUCAUCAUGACCGUGUUAUCUGGUGCUAUUGGCCAUAUUUUACCACAACUCUUAUCUCCUACAAUCACGAGAACUGCUGCCGCUGUUUUAUUUUUUGCAUUCGGUAUUAAGUUACUUCGUGAAAGUUUUGAGACAUCCAAAGAUGCCGGUGUUGAGGAUGAACUGGCUGAAGUUGAAGAGGAAAUCUCAACGGUUGAAUUGAACGAGCUAUCAUCUGACUUGGAGAAAGGUAUCAAGGUUGACGCAUCCGAUUGGAAAACCAAACUCAAGAACCUUUUAUCUUACAUUUCCUCUCCAAUUUGGUAUCAAACAUUCAUGAUGACCUUUUUGGGUGAAUGGGGUGACAGGUCUCAAAUCACUACAAUUGCCAUGGCAGCGGGCGCCGAUUGGGAUAUGAUCAUCCUCGGCGGCUCCAUUGGCCAUGUACUGUGCACAUUAUUGGCAGUUCUGGGAGGCAAAUACGUCUCCACAAAGAUCAGUUUGAAAACGAUUCUUUUGGGCGGCUCUAUUGCAUUCUUUAUCUUUUCUGGAUUAUAUGGGUAUUCAGCAUAUUACGAAUAA